AAUAAUUUAAUGUCCGAAAAACUUUGUACCUGCGGAGAUGUAAUGUUCUAUAUGCACCCAUUGAAUAAUUUCAAUGAUCAAUGUAUUCAGCUCUCACUGCGCCGGAUCGAAUAUCCGUCUGCCGCACUCCACGAAACAACGGAGAACUUAAGAGAUGUGGCUUUUUCAUCGUCUUUGACGUUGUCCAUGUCUCAGGGCGACGUUGCGACGAGCGAUGGUGAACAUUUGAAAGCCAUGCCUCAAGCGUAUGUCUUUCCUGCUCGGUCUUUACUCUCUGGCAUUCAGAAAUGUACCUCCGAGUCUACUUCCGGACGCUGUGGAGAUGAACCAUCUACUGCUUCCGAUACAGCUCACAGGAUCAGUCCUAGCAUCUCUUCAAAGCCCUUGACGGAGGCAGGACCCAGCAGUCAGCAGGUUGCAUCUUCAAGCGACAUGGACGGCUCGCGCAAACAUAGAACGCCCAAUUUCAUUGAUUAUGCUCGCGACCAAGACCCUUUAGCUCCAAGGGUCUUCUCAACCGGUCUCAUGUCUCACUCUCACAGCACAGGGUCUCAUUCGUCAAGCGGUCUUUUGACAGGUCCGGCCGGAGAGCCCUUAGCAUUCGAUCCAGGCCAGAUAUUCGAGGACAUGGAUACAUUCGACGCCCGCCAUCCUGCCCAACUUUCUGAAGUGGCUGCAGAAGCCUUCGCCAAUGCUGCUCAAAUUGUAGAUAUUCCUGCUAGUCCUGCACCAUUCAUCUCCAAUAUCUCCCAAUCUGGAAUUGUGCAUCUCGCCCCGGUUGAACCUAGAGGAGACUCACCUAGCUCGUGUGCACGUUCAUCAGGAUCGGCUUCCAGGGGAGGUAGUGGAGGUACCAGUGGAGGGUCUGGCGGUGGAUCUGGUUGCUCCCACCAAGCUGACUUCGAUGUCGUCCAAAUGCCAUCCACACACGCGUCGCGACCUCAUUCGCCGGUGUCGGGUCAUGGGUCCCAUGCAUCUUCGACGUCGGGAACAAAUACCACGGAUGGACCUCACAUCACUUUCCGCUACCAGCACGUUGAAGACGAGAAUGGUCACCACUUGAUCGUCGGCCGUGAAGGUACUUUAACGAAAUGUGAGGACGAGCCCAUUCGCACGCCGGGCGCUGUUCAAGGUUUCGGUGUUCUUGUUGCCAUUCAGGAGGAAGACGAGACUGGAAAUCUGGUUGUUCGCCAAGUAUCGGAGAAUUGUACAGAGCUUCUUGGUCUUUCCCCCCGAUAUCUUUUCUCCCUCCCCUGUUUCUCAGAGGCAUUCCCGGAUUCGCAAGCCGAUUUGCUGUUUGACAACAUCCAAUACCUUAGUGAUACGGCCCUGACACCCGAAGAACAAGCCGAAAAUCUCCAUGUCUUCAUGCUUUCAGGAUGGGGUGAGCCUGGGAGUGCCCUGCCCGAAGAGGUCAACGCAGAUCCUCAGCAGCGACGAUCAUGGACUUGCUGGUGUGCUGCACAUAGACCACAGAUGACUGCCCCCGCAAACCUGGACGCUUCUGGCUCGAGUACUGAUGCCGCGUUAGACUCAAAUUUGAUCAUCCUGGAGUUUGAGUUGGAACGGGACCCCUUCAACCCACUCUAUCCGCCUAGUGGACUCGACGAUAGUAAUUAUCAAUCUGGUAUUAGUUCUCCGUUGACGGAUGCUUCUUCAACACGUCUUUCUGGUUCUGGUGGUUCUGCAUCUGAUAGCUCGGGCCGUACACUAGUUUCAACAGAUUCAGGCGGAAUCGCCGUUACAAUGGUCUCUUCAAACGAAGGCACUGCGCCAAGUCCGAUUAACGGCGGUACGCCUUCCCCUCCAGCACGUUCCGGCACCAGCUCUGUUCCUCCAGGCAGUGUCACGGCAAAUUCAAAUUCCCCCGAGCCUUCGUCCCAUCGCAGCACUCCACCUGUUGAACAUCCUUUCAGUGUCGAUCAGACUCGCGUCAACAGCGAAGGGAAUGAAACUGACGCUACAGGUGAAGGCGACGAAGAGUGGUUGCCAAGUCAGGAAGCUAUUUUAGAGAGUACUACAAGCCGUGCAAAGCCACUCCUUGCCUUGGAGCGUCUGCGCCGUUCGAGAAGAAUCAUCGCAGAAACACCUGCCACGCCUGCGUCGUUCUCAUCUGGAAUGGGUUCAAGAACACGGAGAACCGCUCGGACUCGACGUGGUGGUGGCGCGGUUGGUAUGAUGGACGUGUUUGAUGUCAUGGCUCAGAUCAAUGAACAGCUCGGUGCUGCGCCUGACCUGGAGAGUUUCUUGAGCGUCGUUGUUGGUGUCAUCAAAGACCUCACGCAAUUCCACCGUGUGCUUGCGUAUCAAUUUGACGAAGCGUGGAAUGGCAAAGUCAUGGCAGAAUUGGUGGAUUGGGAUCAAACCCAUGACCUGUUCAAGGGUUUACACUUCCCUGCUUCUGAUAUUCCAGCUCAAGCUCGAAGUUUGUAUGUUCUCAACAAGGUACGGCUUCUAUACGACCGUGGACAGGCUACGGCAAGGUUGUUAGUGAGAAGUAGGAAGGAUCUUGAAACACCGCUUGAUAUGACUCACUGCUACCUUCGUGCAAUGAGUCCCAUUCAUCUCAAGUACCUCGGUAACAUGGGUGUACGAGCUUCUAUGUCUUCGAUUAUUGCAUUCGGUUCUUUGUGGGGUCUGGUUGCCUGUCAUUCUUAUGGCCCGCACGGGAUGCGCGUAUCAUUUCCUGUUCGACAAAUGCUCAGACUGCUCAGCCAAUCGAUUUCGCGAAACGUGGAACGCUUAAGCUAUGCUCAGCGUCUCCAUACUCGUAAAUUGGUAUAUCGCAACGUUGAGCGUAUGCAAUGCCUCUCACACGCUGAUUUGCAGAUCAACACCUUAUCGUCCGAACAACAUCCGACGGGUUACAUUGUUUCGAAUGCUGACGACCUCUUGGGUCUCUUCGACGCUGACUAUGGUGUUCUCGUUAUUGGUGAAGGCGCCAAGAUCCUCGGUCCCAACAUGCAUAGUCAAGAAAUCCUGAUCGUGGCGGAAUACCUUCGGUUGAAACAAUUCGAUGCGAUGCAAGUUUCGCAAGCUGUCACAGUAGAUUACCCCGACCUACAGCUUUCAAAUGGCCUAGAAGUGAUUGCAGGACUGCUCUACGUUCCUUUGUCAGUAGGUGGUGGCGACUUUAUUGCUUUCCUUCGCAAGGGUCAGCCGCGUCAAGUGAAGUGGGCUGGUCGGCCGUAUCGCCAGGGCGAUUUCAAUGCAUCAUUAGAACCUCGUAAAUCGUUCAGGCUGUGGUCUGAAACCGUUGCUGGACGGUGUCGGGCAUGGAGUGAUGAGCAUCUGGAAACAGCGGGAGUUCUUGCGCUUGUAUAUGGAAAGUUCAUCGAAGUUUGGAGACAGAAAGAAACUGCUUUGCAAGCCACGAAGCUCACUAAUAUCCUUCUUUCUAACGCCAGCCAUGAAGUCCGCACGCCAUUGAACCAUAUCAUCAACUAUCUUGAACUUGCAUUGAACGGUCAUCUGGAUGGUGAAACCAGAGAAAACCUGAGCCAGUCUCAUGCGGCGAGCAAGAGCCUUCUAUUCACGAUAAACGACCUUCUUGACCUUACACGCCUGGAGAGUGGGAACGAGACUUCUUUCAACGAACCGUUUAAUCUCCGGCAGGCCAUUGAUGAGGCUACGAUGUUGUAUCGCAAUGAAGCCGCGAGGAGAGGCUUAGGCUUUGACCUAGACUUAUCUCAGUGCCCCAAAACAGUCGUCGGAGACGCUAAGAAAAUACGGACGGUGGUCGCGAAUCUCACAGCAAAUGCCGUGAAAUAUACAACGACUGGUGGUGUCAAAGUGGAAUGCCAUGCUUUCGAAGAACCCGCCGGCCUUAGGGACCCUACUAAUGUCGCUGUCGAAAUCGUUGUGGAGGACACAGGCUGUGGCAUACCUACCGACAAGUUAGAGAGUAUAUUCCGAGAAUUUGAGCAAGUGGAAGUAUCACAACCCGCGAAGGUACAAACUCAGGGCCUAGGUCUGGGUCUCGCUAUUGUUGCACGAAUCGUAGAACAGCUUGGAGGACAGUUACGCGUCGAUUCCAAAUUGGACAUAGGAAGUCGAUUUUCCUUCCUUAUUCCUUUCGCUACCGAAGAUGAUCUAGGUUCCACCACAUCUCCUUCAAAUUUCUCGCAGACAAGCUCCCUUCCACGUUCUCGAGCUCACAGCCAUAGCACAAGAGACGACCAGAUCGAUAACCUUGUUCAAGCAUUGUCGUCUAGUCACAUAGAUAUCCAGUCUGCUCGACAACCAAGCCUUGCUAUCCAUAGUCCCUCUCGAGAGACUAACUCGCCACUCACCGAUAGCCCAGCAUACUACUCACCGAAGAGAGUCUUUGUGAGCUUGGUACCCGAUGCAGGAAAUGAGCAGGAAGUCGCACAGAAGGUUGGGAAGCCGAAGAUUACGAUAUCCCAUAAGAUCGGCCCAUCCUCGAAUGUGCGGGAAGAUCCAAGCUCUUCGACGCAAUUGCGAAUUCUGAUAGUUGAAGACAAUGACAUAAACCGUACUAUACUUGCUAAGCGCCUCACACUUGACGGGCAUGUGGUCGUGAACACGACAAACGGUCAAGAAGGAUUAGAGAUGGUGAAGUCGGAUCGGGACUUCGACUGUGUUCUCAUGGAUAUACAGAUGCCGCUCUUGAACGGUUAUGAGGCUACCGAACGAAUUCGCGCUCUAGAAUCGGAAUCCUCGUUCUCCUCUCGACGAUUAUCUCAAAGGCUAAACGGCCGAUUACCUAUCUUCGCCGUCUCUGCAUCUCUAUUCGAAGAGCAUCGCGAGGAGAUGUACAAACUUGGUAUUGAUGGUUGGAUCCUUAAGCCAAUUGAUUUCAAACGACUUCGUAUCAUUCUAAAAGGUGUGACGGAUCUUACGCAGCGGGAGAAAGACGUCUAUAGAUCCGGGUGCAAUUGGGAAAUCGGCGGCUGGUUGACGAAGCCAGGGCUGCCUCAUGAAAACUAUUCGUAAUGUUCGGUAUGCUUUCGCGUUUACCAUUUAUCAUAAUCCCUCCACGAUCAUUGGGCUUGUUACCUGCAUUCCCUUUUUUCAUAAUAUACUGUACUGAUAUUCCGGUUUCUUGAUACCAUAGCUUGUAUUUUGCAUAUGUUUUGUAGCCUAGCGCAUGAUUCACGAGGAUUGCUCUAUUGCCGUUUGCUUUCUUGUACCAGUGACGAGUGCAUAUACACGAGUGCUCGCACAUCAAUACAUCUUGUUCGCCCUACUCACACUUCACUUCUUUGGAAGUCGAAUCCCCAUUUGGGAGGUCGACUUCCGUAUUAAUCAUUCAACUGGCCAUGCGCCAGAAAC